AUGGAAAACACGAACAUUCCUCGAGUAUUCAACAUAAAAAUACUAGGCUUAACCUUUGAUUCAAAACUAACAUGGCGAACCCACAUAAACAACAUAAAAAAUGAAGCAAAAACUAAACUCAAUAUAAUAAAAACACUAAGUAACCUCGAAUGGGGUGCAGAAAGCAAAACAUUACAGAAAAUACACAACUCAAUAAUCCUCUCAGCACUAGAAUAUGGCUCAAUACUAUAUGCAGGAGCAUCUGCUGUUACAAUCAAAACUUUAGAUCCUAUUCACAAUACAGCCUUAAGAUUGUCAAUUGGUGCUUUCAAAAGCAGCCCAGUUCUUAGCAUCAUAAACAUCACAGGCUCUAAAUCUCUUGAAAAAAGGAGAAUAAAACAUACAUUGGAAUACUCUUCAAAAACAUUAAUAGCAACAAAAAAUCCCAUCAGCACAAUAUUAAGAAACUCAAUCAACCAAUUCCAAAAUAACGAUAUAAACGAUCUUGGCACUCGUACAGCCACCUAUGCCUCGUACCUCAAUAUUACUUUUACAAACCAACUUAAUCCUCAAGUCUCUGAACAGCCACCAUGGAUUACCUCAAAUCUUCUCAUCUAUUUCAACCUAACUGCACACAAAAAAAAAGAAACCGAUUCCUACAUUUACAAAUCAAACUUCUUCGAUCUAAAAAACAGUCUUCCACCACAUCAAGAAAUAUACAUUGACGCAUCCAAAAACACGGAAGGAACUGCAAUUGCAAUAAUCCAGCCAAACUCCCAAACAGCAUUUCAAAUCCCAUCAUACAACUCAAUCUAUACAGCAGAAUAUCUAGCUCUUUUAAAAGCCACAGAAUUAGCUGCCACCUCGGAUAUCCAAUCUUCAACCAUAUACACAGACUCUCUCAGCGCCCUCACAAACUUAGCAAAUCCACAAAAAAACAACCCAAUAGGCAACCUAAUAUUAAACAUUAUAUUCUUAUCAAAAAAAGACAUCAGAUUUCUAUGGGUACCUGGACACAACAACAUACCUGGUAACGAAAUUGCAGACAAAAUAGCCAAAAGGGCAACGAAAGAACCAACUGAUUUCUGGAAUAUAACAACACAUUUAGAUACAAAACUCCUUAUAAACACUAACCUUGACCAAACCUGCCUUCAAGAAUGGAGAUCAGUACGAAACAACAAGCUAAGAGAAAUAAAAUCAUCCACCCUCCCUUGGCUGCCUGACUCAUCACUCCCGCGUAGACAUCAAAUCGUACUCAACAGAUUACGAAUUGGCCAUACACUUUACACUCAUGAACAUCUAAUGAGCAAAAAGGAACAACCUAUAUGCACCUCAUGCAACACCGUGACUACUGUCAAACACCUGCUAACAGAAUGCCUCCUCACAAAAGAUGCCAGAGACAAACUCAUGCUCCCCAACAACCUUUGUGAAAUACUAGCACUAAACACGGAAAGAACAUCUUCACUCCUAGAACUUCUCAAACAAACAAACCUUCUGCAAAAAAUAUAA